AUGUUCACCAAACAGUCCAUUAAACUCGGUGUAUCAUUGUGGCUAGGCGUCAUAAACGAGAAUCCAUGUAUGGAGCCAAGACUCCUUGCAAUAAUUGCAGAGGACUGGGAGAAGACUGUAAGGAAUCAUGUGGGGGUCUUCAGCAGCAAACUCCAACACCUUGACCCGUUCUACAUCAAAGAGGAGUUUGCGCCUUCGGAGAAGACCGCCUUGAUGAAGAAACAGCAAGCAGCUCACAAUCUGAUUGCUCCUCAUCUUCGAAUACUGCAAUUCCUCUCCAGCCACUUUAACGCCGGCCGACUUGGGAGUCCAAAUUCGCAGCGCAUAUUUCAUAAGCUAAUAGUUGGGACUCUGGAAGGACUGAAAAGCUCUGCCGGACAUCCUCUAGCUCGUGAAUUCCACUUUCAAGUGAUUCUGUUUGGGCUCAACAUCCUCAGACAUGGGACCAGUAUCGAUCAAGCGGCCCGAUGGAGACUGAAAGAUACGAUCCUAAGCGCUGCGCUGUCUUGGUUCUCUCAUCCACCACGAUGGUCAUUUGGAGGAAAUCGCCUGCAGAUCAAAGCGGAAGUUCGUCUGAUGGCCGAUGUUGAAUCCGCGUUACGAGUUGUAUCUCCUCUCUUCGCGAAAUGUAUGGGAACACUGCAAUCGCUUGCUACAAAACAAGACUUACUCUUGAUGCUGGUCGAAGACGAGCACAUGCGUUUGGUCGUUUGGCUCUACCCGCUUGAUCACGAAAAGCGACACCUUUUCUCGUCGGGGCACCACGGCAAGGUUCCUUCAGAUGCAAUGCUCUCCUCGGUGUUGAGGACUGCAUGGACAGAGAACACUAGCCUUGCUGUACAACUCACUGUUCGCUUCGUAUCCUCAAAGCUUACCAGCGAGGUUCGCUCGAUGCUUUUGAGGUCUCCAAUCCGUGCGAUUGCAGAGCCUGACGCACUUCACAUUCUCAUCGGGCCUUCGCUGCCAGCUGAUAUCUCAAUCCAUCUCAAGUAUCUGCUCUACUGGGCUCCUGUUAAUCCCAUUACGGCAGUCACGUUCUUCUUGCCGGAAUAUCGCAACGACCCGUUCAUCAUCCAGUAUGCCAUGCGAGCAUUGGAAAAUCAUUCUGUUGAUGUGACAUUCUUCUAUGUUCCUCAAAUCGUCCAAACACUCCGUUACGAUGUACUUGGGUACGUUCAGCGAUAUAUCAUCGAGACUGCAAAAUUCUCGCAGCUUUUCGCUCACCAGAUUAUCUGGAACAUGACUGCAAACGCUUACAAAGACGAAGACUCAAGCAUCGAGGACUCGCUGAAGCCAACGUUAGACGUGGUCAAAAACAGGAUGACUGCUAGUUUCUCGGGAACAGAUCAGUCGUUCUACGAGCGAGAAUUCUCUUUCUUCAAUGAGAUAACGGAUAUCUCUGGCAAGCUUCGACCUUUCAUCAAGAAAAGUAAACCGGAGAAGAAGCAAAAAAUCGAGGAGGAGUUGCGGAAGAUCAAGGUUGAAGUAGGGGUUUACUUACCUAGCAAUCCUGACGGUACCGUGAUCGGCAUUGAUCGAAAGUCUGGUAAACCCCUACAAAGUCACGCGAAAGCGCCGUACAUGGCCACGUUCCGCAUCAAGAAGAACCGCGGCGGUAUGGAAGGGACAGAUAAUAUGCUGGAAAGGACAAAUCAAAACAAGGAGACAGGCCGAAACGGACCAGUCACGCAAGAAGAUACCUACGAAGUUUGGCAGUCAGCUAUAUUCAAGGUAGGGGACGAUUGUCGGCAAGACGUGCUGGCCUUGCAGAUGAUUGCCGCAUUCCGAGGCAUAUUCAACAACGUCGGCCUGGAUGUCUAUGUCUACCCGUACAGAGUGACGGCCACAGCCCCUGGGUGCGGCGUUAUUGACGUUUUGCCCAACUCGAUAUCGAGGGACAUGCUAGGUCGAGAAGCGGUCAACGGACUGUACGACUAUUUUGUGUCGAAGUAUGGUGCCGAGAACUCAAUCAGAUUUCAAGAAGCGCGAAACAAUUUUGUCAAAAGCAUGGCUGCCUAUUCGGUGAUCUCCUACCUUCUCCAAUUCAAGGACCGACAUAAUGGAAACAUCAUGGUAGACGACGCCGGACACAUCCUGCACAUUGAUUUUGGCUUCUGCUUCGACAUUGCCCCCGGUGGCGUCCGUUUCGAGCGCGCGCCUUUCAAGCUCACCUCGGAAAUGGUGGCGGUGAUGGGGGGCAGUACGUCGUCGCAGUCAUACAAGUGGUUUGAGGAGCUUUGCAUCAAGGCAUUUCUGGCCUCGAGACAGCACACGGAGAAGCUGUGUCACAUUGUUGUGCUCAUGCUUGGCAGUGGGUUACCGUGCUUUAAGCCGGAGACUAUUGCUCAUCUGCGGCAGAGGUUUGUGCUGGAGAAGAGCGAGAGAGAAGCGGCCGACUUCAUGAGGGAUUUGAUCAAGAAAAGCUACAGCAGCUAUUCGACCAAGGGUUAUGAUCAAUUUCAAUUGUUGACGAAUGGUAUACCUUACUAG